AUGGGUGUUAAUACUCAUGUCAUAGCCACUAUUUGUGUUAUGACAAUAACGGUGAUAAUUGCCACACCGACUACCCCCUCCGCCAAUGAUGAUGACUGGCAAUUAAUCGCCAUAACCCAGAGUUUGAAAGACUUUGGAACUCUACUCUACUGGCAAAUGAUAAGAAAUAGUCAAGAAAAAAAUAUUAUAUUUUCACCAUUCUCAGUUGAGACCAGUCUGGCCAUGAUUCGUAUGGGUGCUGAAAAACGGACAGCUGGGGAAAUUGACCGUGCUUUACGUUUAAAACUUGAAAAUGCCGAAAUGUUUGCCAACUAUUUCGAAAGGACCCUUUCGAGAUAUGAAAAUAGUGAUUACCUACAAAUGGCCAAUAAAAUAUAUGCAAAGGAAAAUUUAGAAAUCCGCGAUCAAUUCAAUGAGUUGCUUACGAAACAAUUCUUAACGACGGCAGAAAAUGUGAAUUUUACAGAAAAUAUUAAGGCGGCUGAGACAAUCAACUCGUAGGUCCUUAAUCACUUGAUUAAGGACCUUGUCAGAGCCGAUGAUUUGAAUGAGCAAACUGAAUUGGUACUGCUCAGUGCAAUUUAUUUCAAAGGCGAAUGGGCCCAGGGAUUUCGGGAGCAAGACACACGCCAACAAAAAUUCUAUAUUGAUGCAGUGCGCAGCGUUAAUGUGGACAUGAUGCAUACGUUGGGUAUCGAAAGUUUGUUCACUAAUUUUGCAGAUUUGGGAAAUGUUUUAAAUUCAUCAGAAAAAAUUAAAGUGUCGAGCGUUGUGCACAAGGCAUUUAUCGAAGUCAACGAAAGUGGCACUGAGGGUGCUGCAGCUUCAGGUCAAGGUGCGUCUGCUCCAUCUAUAUUUCUCCUGUCAUCACCUGUCAAAUUUGAGGCAGAUCAUGGCUUCUUCUAUAAGAUAAUGAGUAGAAAUGGCAUUGAAUUCUUUGAAGGAUCGCAAAGUGAUUUUAGGUAUAAAUAA